AAGAUUAGAGACUUGCUUUAGAGCCACAGAAAGAAAGAGGGAGGGCCAGCUUUGCAGUCAGCACCAUGGCGUGGCCGUGCAUCACACGGGCCUGCUGCAUCGCCCGCUUCUGGAACCAGCUGGACAAGGCAGACAUCGCCGUGCCGCUGGUUUUCACCAAGUACUCAGAGGCCACCGAGCACCCUGGCGCCCCGCCGCAGCCACCGCCGCCGCAACAGCAGCAGGCGCAGCCGGCUCUCGCGCCCCCCUCGGCGCGCGCGGUUGCCAUAGAGACGCAGCCAGCCCAGGGCGAGUUGGAUGCAGUUGCCCGGGCAACAGGGCCGGCGCCCGGGCCUAGCGGAGAACGCGAGGCGGCGGUGGCCCCCGGCCGGAGUGGGCCGGGCCCGGGCCUGGUCUCCGGCUCCACCUCCAGCGCGGGCCCCGCGGACUCGGUGAUGCGGCAGGACUACCGCGCCUGGAAGGUGCAGCGGCCCGAGCCCAGUUGCCGGCCGCGCAGCGAGUACCAGCCCUCCGACGCGCCCUUCGAGCGCGAGACCCAGUACCAGAAGGAUUUCCGUGCCUGGCCACUGCCGCGCCGCGGGGACCACCCGUGGAUCCCCAAGCCCGUGCAGAUUCCAGCGUCCUCCCAGGCUUCGGCGCCUAUUUUCAGUGCUCCCAGGCGCCGGCCGCAGAGCCAGGAGCGCUGGCCAGUGCAGGCCGCCGCGGAGGCCCCGGAGCAGGAGGCGGCCCCAGCUGGAGCAGGGGGCCUGGCAGCCGGAAAGGCGUCUGGUGGGGACGAGCGCGACACACGCAGGAAGGCCGGGCCAGCCUGGAUGGUGCGACGCGCCGAGGGGCUGGGGCACGAGCAGACGCCGCUGCCCACCGCCCAGGCCCAGGUCCAGGCCACGGGCCCCGAGGCUGGCAAGGGGCGCGCAGCGGCGGACGCCCUCAACCGGCAAAUCCGAGAGGAGGCGGCGAGUGCGGUGAGCAGCUCCUACAGGAAUGAAUUCAAAGCAUGGACGGACAUCAAGCCUGUGAAACCAAUAAAAGCCAAGCCCCAAUACAAGCCCCCAGAUGAUAAGAUGGUUCACGAGACCAGCUAUAGUGCCCAGUUCAAAGGGGAGGCCAACAAGCCAACAGCAGCUGACAAUAAGGUCACUGACCGCAGAAGAAUACGCAGCCUCUACAGCGAACCUUUCAAGGAACCCCCAAAGGUGGAGAAACCUAGUGUUCAGAGUUCCAAACCAAAAAAGACCUCAGCGAGCCAUAAGCCUCCGAGGAAGGCCAAAGACAAGCAGGCGGUGUCGGGCCAGGCCACCAAGAAAAAGAGCGCAGAGGGCCCCAGUGCCACCAAACCCGACGACAAGGAGCAAAGCAAAGAGAUGAACAAUAAACUGGCUGAGGCGAAAGAGUAAAUUUCACUGCACUUUCCUUUUACUCUUCUCUCUCUCUCUUUAUUUUUAACCAACGAACAAAAAAAGGCCACAAAAUUAAUUAGAGGCUUCUCAUCUGCCUUGGUCCUGAGUGUUCCAGGAGCUCUUUGGUUUGGUUUUUUUAAUGGAGGAAUCCUGCUUCAGAGACCGAGUAGCAUGCCUCCUCCUGAGGGUGGUCCAGGCACCCAGGCCACCAGCCCCGGAACACCAGGAAACUCUGCCCGCUGGCUGUGCCCUCCCCUGUCAGUGAGACUGCAUGCUGACAAGGAGGGCAGGCUGGUGCCAGCGGGAGGCAACUCUGAGCUGGCUGGGAAGCAAAUCUCCCCGUAGUGCUUGGAAGUGUCUGCAGGGUGUCCCCCUCUUGUUCCCCAAGGUCGGUAUCACUGAUCGAUUUUGAACUUUAGGUAAAUGUGUUCUUUUCCAACAUUCAGAAAAUUAUCAUGUGCUAGAGAAGCUCAGCUUGGGCUGCAGCAGUUGACAAAAUUUGUGGAAAUAUUAAAAACAAAAAAACAACCUUGGCCUUAAUGUCAAUAAAGUGGAGUUGUGUCUGUUAAGUAGUCUUUUCAUAGAAUCUUCUGUUAGGAAUGUGUGCCUGUGUUUAGUUUCCUAUCAGUGGGCUGUGCUGAGUAAUAGAUAUGCCACUGAUAACCAAAACUAGGCCAGGGGUGGUAAAAGGGUUUGGUGUUUUAGGUGUAUUCCAGAUGUCAUAGGAAGAUCACAAAAAUGAGGAGCUGUUCCUCUGUUUACUGCCUAUCCAGUGCUGCUGACUUUGCAGAGCAACUGGUUAAAGGUGACUGAGGAAGACUGUUGCAGGUGUAGGGAUAGUGUAUUUAGAAUGUGGCUUUCUGUGUCUGAGAAACCCAAGGGGCAUGUAGACAUAGUGGCAAGUGUGGCGAUGCUUGCUGUCCCUUCCUGCACUGCUGCUGCUCCGCUCCUCGGAGAGGACAGGGUGCUGAGGGUAGGUCGGGGGAUUUUCUGUGACUUAGCUGCAGACUGGGAGAGUGCCCUGCUAAGUGACUGGCAAGCGUCUUUGACCUCAUUAAUGCAUAAAAGCAGCUCUCAGUGUAUUCUGUGUCGCGUGUCUGUGUGGCCAAAGCCCCCGGGGGUGGCAAGUGCCACCUUAGCUGUGCUAAGUUGUGUUGUAGGAAUUAGUGGGGGAGUUGUUGUGAAAAGACCCCCAGUCCUUGUGAGGGAACCCAGAAUAUCUGCCAGAAACAUUAUAUUUGCAAAUGUAGAUGUGUACAUUGCUCAGCACACUUUAUUUCUUCUGUCCUUAAAAUCAUCACUGUCCCCAGCAUUCUGAAACUGCUGGGCGCCGAACAGCACCAAGUCUCUGCUCAGGCAUGCUUUUCUUUUGUAAUGAAAGUGGGGAAGAGUGCAGGUCUCACAAUUCCUGACCUUAAAACUCCCUUUAGAUCCUUCUGGGUUGGAGGAAGCAGAGCCUCCACAAGCUCUCUCUUAUUCUGACCAUUCAGGCAGCAAAGUCUCGGUUUGCACCAUUUGGUUUGUCACCGUGGGCUGGGUGAGAAGUCUUUUGCCAAUUAAUUGAGUGUAUGCUACACGGGCCAUAAUUAGUAACAGAACAGGAAGGCUAGAAAUGAAGUGCUUGGUCAGGCCCACUGCGACCUCCCUUUCUUUCUCAGGGUAUGAAGCUGUGAGGGAGGAGAAGUACGGAAGAAGAUAGGAAAUGCUAGCAAGCCUCAGUGUUCAUGAAUCACAACUUUUGAACGCCUAUCUGGAAAUGACUAGCGUAGAUCUCAGUACUGAUUCCAGCUACUGGCUAGCUAAUGUUACCAUGUGCCAGAGAACCCUAUCAACAUGGUCUUAACUGUAUCCAGAGAAUUUGCCAAUGUCUGUGCAUUCUCUCAAGAUUUGGCGUUAGUCAGACGUGUUGAUGUUAGCCACAAUUUGGAUUUCUCCGUAGAAUAACCGUGUAUUUUUUGCAGCUCAAGUAAAUCAGUUUACAAUGCACAAGGGAUCAUUCAUUGCAUUCACUUAAUGAGUGCUGUGUGCCAGGCACUGUGCUAGACUUGGUGGGCAGUAUAAAUAAAUCUGUCUCCAUAGCCACACAACCAGAAGGAUGGACCUGACUUGAUCCCUGUGACUGAGUCCAGUUGGCAUUGUCCAAAUCGCAGCUUGCCACAAGGGCCCCACUGGCUUUCCCACCCACCUUGCAGCCCCAGGGACUAGAUUUCCUACCCUGCCCUGCCUGCGGCUUUUGAUGACCUGUAUAAUGUCUUUUUCAACCUGUCAGCUCCCUUCUUUUUAGCACACCCACUGAGGAAACACAGUUUGUGGUUCACUCUGACUCUUGAAUGUGUCACUUCACUGACAAGAAACUUCCUUUGAUUUCUACUGUUUACAAAUAAAACUCAGCCAGUCUCAUUCUGUAUCCUUAACAGACUGAAUGAAACUGAUUUUGGUUCCACAAGCAGUGUUUUGAUGUUGCCUUUCUGAAGGUGACCGAGCUUCCGGUACCUGUCCUGCCCAUUUCUGUACAUUUCCCUGUGGCUUCCCCAUACUCCCUUGGCGAGAGAGCUGGGGCCGAAGCUUCCCCGCUGUUGCCCUGCCUGCAAAAGUAGUCCUUCAAGCUGUGCGUUGGCUUCCCUCAGCUCUGUUCUCUGUCCUCACUCCCCUUCAGUCCACAUGGCUUUGCCUGUCCAAGGCAGGCAGGAAGUGUCUAAUUACGAUUUUGUGGCCUGGGUUUUGUUGCAUACCACAGAUUGUCUAUGUAACCUGUAGCGCACACCUCUCUUGGUGCUAUUUCAUUCCUGCUGUUAGUAAGAGAAUGACAAAAAUAUUCAUGUAUAGCCAAUUGAUUGUGACGUGCUUGUGGUCUGUGCUUGCUCAGAAAAACAAACAAACAAACAAUUUUUCCAAUUAUAAAUAAAUGCUAAAGACAAACACCA